UCCACAGCUGGUGCCCCCCAACACCACGAGAGAGAUCAUUGCAACACCGCACACAACAACCACCACCACCACCAACCACCUCCUUCCUUCCUCCUCCUCCUCCCUCUUCUUCUCACCGUACUCGUUGUCGAGAGAGAGAGAGAAAUCCAGCCAUGCAGCACGGUGAAAGCGGCCAACGCCUUGGAUCGACAGUCAUCGACAAUGCCCUCUCGGACAGGAAGCUGGGAGGUGGCAGUGUGCGCUUCGUGAGCCACAGCACCGCGGAAUCGAGGGGGGCUCCCGGUCCGGGCGGGCACCCCAAGGGGGAACCGCUCCCGGGUUCCUACUUGGACUCGGCGAGCGCAGUGUACGAGGAGAUCCCGGAGGGUGGCCUGCACAAGGCGGAGAAGGAACAGAGCGACGAGCCAAAGAAGUCCCCCAAAAACUUCUUGCGCGGGCUAUGGGGGACCAGGCUGACGGAGGACAUCACCGACCGUGACAAGUAUGUGAAGACGACUUUGCGCGAGCUUUUUGUCUACAUCGCCUUCCUAAUUAACCUCAUCAUCCUGACAUUUGGCAUGACCAGCGACCUCAUGUAUAAGUACACCCUGGCAAUGGACAACCUUUUUCUGCAGAACACGGUCUCACCCAAUGACAGUGUCAACUUUAAUUCCAUCUUCACCUUUGAUGACUUCUGGCAGGUGGUACAGGGCCCAGUCCUCAACGGCCUCUACUGGGAUAAGUGGUACAACGACGUGCCGCUCGUGGAAAAUCAGUCGUUCAUCUACUACGAGAACUUCCUGCUGGGCGUCCCGCGCAUGCGCCAGCUCAAGGUGCGCAACGAUUCGUGCACGGUGCACGCCGACUUCCAGAAGGACGUGCAGGGCUGCUACGCCGCCUACUCCGAGGACGCCGAGGACAAGGCCUCCUUCGGCCCGGCCACCGGCACCCCGUGGAAGUACUCUACCAGCUCGGAGAUGAAUGGCUCCUCGCACUGGGGGCUGCUGGCGACCUACAGCGGCGGAGGUUACUACCUGGACCUGACCCGGAGCAAAUCUGAGAGUGCCACCAUCUUGCAGGACCUCUUCGACAAACAGUGGCUGGACCGAGGCACCCGUGCCAUAUUAAUUGACUUCUCCUCUUACAACGGUAACAUCAACCUCUUCUCAGUCAUCAGGCUGCUCGUGGAGUUCCCUCCCACAGGAGGGGCCGUGCCAUCCUCACAGAUUUACACCGUGAAGCUCAUCCGCUAUGUCACCGGCUCCGACUACUUUAUCCUGGCCUGCGAGGCCAUCUUUUGCUGUUUCAUCCUCUACUACAUCGUGGAGGAGAUCCUCGAGCUGAGCAUCCACAAGUUUGCCUACUUCAAGUCGGUUUGGAACUGCCUGGACCUCCUGGUCAUCAUGCUGUCGGUGGUGGCCAUCAUCUUCAAUGUGUACCGCACGGUGACUGUGAACAAGCUGCUCAAGGCGCUGCUGGAUGAACCCAAUCGAUACGGCAACUUUCAGUUCCUGGCAUUUUGGCAGACGCAGUACAACAACAUGGUGGCAGUCAAUGUUUUCUUCUGCUGGAUCAAGUUUUUCAAGUACGUGAGCUUCAACAAGACGAUGACGCAGCUCUCCUCCACGCUGGCUCGCUGCGCCAAGGACGUGCUGGGCUUUGCCAUCAUGUUCUUCAUCAUCUUCUUCGCCUAUGCGCAGCUCGGCUACCUUCUCUUCGGCACUCAAGUGGAGGACUUCAGCACAUUCAGCAACUGCAUUUUCACACAGUUCCGCAUCAUCCUGGGUGACUUUGAUUUUAACGCCAUUGAAAAUGCCAAUCGAGUGCUGGGCCCGCUCUACUUCACCACCUAUGUGUUUGUCGUCUUUUUCGUGCUCCUGAACAUGUUUCUGGCCAUCAUCAAUGACACCUAUGCAGAGGUGAAGAAUGAACUUGCGAAGAAGGAGAAUGAGUUUGACGUGGGUGGCUACUUUAAGAAGGUCUUCCUUGACAUACGGAUGAAGCUGGGCAAAAAUCGUGGAAACAUCGUGGACAUGAUAAGCGUGCUGGAUGCCUCCAGCCAAAAGAUCAAUUACGGCGACUGGAGACAAAAGCUGAAACGCCUGGGACACAGUGACGAAGAGAUCGAGGCAGCUUUUGCCAAGUUCGAUAAAGACAAGAACUCGGUGCUGGACUCAAAUGAGAUGAAACUCAUGAAAGACGAACUUAAAAACCAAAAGGCAAACAAACAGGUGGACAUGACAGACGAGGAUAAAGACAGCGUCGAUGUGUCUUCGCAAGAGUUCAAAGGACUGAUGCAAAAUGUCGAUAACCUCGAGCAGUCAAUCAGCACCAUGUUCUCCAAGGUGGAUGUCAUUAUGAAAAAAGUGGGAUCCUUGGAUAAGAAUUCAACCAAGGCCCCCAAAAAUGUCUAUCAAAAUGCCCCCGGAAAUGGUUAAAUCGGGAAAUAAAAACGGAUCGACAGAUGGUGAGGAUUUCUGAAGGCAACCGGAGGACAAGAAUCAUCUUUCUGAAAUAUCUGUAGAUGUAUUUUCCUUUCUCUGUACUCCAACUAGCCAUUAUGAAAUGCAAUACGAGUCACAAUUAAAAAGCACAACUACAAUUAUUUGUAUAAAUUCAAUGGUUGAGUAGAAGAAACCUUAGUUUAAUGUAUGUUGAUGAUCAUGUCUGUGUAAUCAGAUCCGUGAUGUAGAUUUCAGCCACAUCUCAUCACAACGAUUGACUGUUGUAAGGUUUUUGAAAUACAGUAAACAUUAAAUAAAACCUCAGCAGAAAAACUCAUGGUUAUUUUCUUGGUUCUUUCGGUAAAGUCACAUAGAAGGGAAAUAAUAAGUCACGUAGAAGGGGAAUAAUAAAAUAAUAAAAAUAAAACAAUAAAAGAAUGUUUAAUUUUUUUUAUUUUAUUAUUUCCCUUCUACGUGACUUUACCGAAAGAACCAAGAAGAUGAAUCCCUGCAGUCACGAAAGCUUCAGAUCGAAAAAAUUCAUGGUUAUUUUUCAACUUUAUUGCAGUCUAUAAAGUUUGGAAGCCUAAAAUCUUAUUUAAUGUAGUUGUAUUAGCAGAAUACUUGGUGAUCUUGAUCUGUUAAGUGGCACAUGUUAAUUAAGAUAUUAAAGUUGGAGAUGAGAACAAGUGCUCAAAAUGUUAUGGCUAUAUAGAAGUUAUAUAAAGGCAUCUUCUACUAUUUCCUAUCUCAUAUCAGUGUGAAUACUGUAAUUCAUAUUGCAUCACAACCCACUGUAUGUCUCGAAGUCCAUAUUGUUACAACAAUUUCGGAGUUAACAAUGCAGGCCAUCGUGCUCUGGUAGUGCCAUCUGAAACACUGUCAUGUGGUGAAACAAAACACACAUGUGAAUGUCACAGUUUCAGCAAAUGUAUCACUCUGAUGUGUUCUUGGGUUGUUGGAAGCUUCUUCUUGAACAUCAUGCCAAAAGUGUGGUCCAACUCGAACACACAACGGAGAGCAAUAUGGUACAAAUACGAAAACCUACUUACAUAUUACAAAAUCUGCAACAACAACAAAAAACACGUACUAAAUGUUGCUCAGUUGUGUUAAGAUAAAUGUUUAACACGUAAAAAGGCAUACAGCCUCUCGAUUAAGGGUAGGAACUAUAUGCUCUAUCUUGUAGUGUAUAUUUAAAGUCCCGCUGUAAAUGUUGAUGUAAUAUUUGCAUGCAAGUGGGAAAAUUACAAUAUAGUGAAAAUAUAAGCAGUAUUAAAUUGCUUGCAGUUACAUCUCUCAUCUUUGUUGCUUUAUGAAGAUAUUAAAUUGAUUUAAGUACAGUACAAUGUCGCAUAUCUGCCACGAUAUUGUAACCGCCCACACCCAAUGUAUUGGAUAAUAGCUAUUUACAUUUUUGUUCAGUUUUUUUGUCCAUAUUUUGUCAGGAAAAAAUAAUGUUGAACAACAUGAACAACUAUAACGAUAUAUUACAAAAUUGACGAUAGAAUUAAUAUGGAUAUUACAUCGUACGAUACUUUGUAUUACCUGCAUAUCGUGGCAACCCUGUGACCAAAAUGGUUGAACUAAUUUUUGAGCUUUUCGCAUAGCUGCCUAUAACCCAAUCCCUGGCAAGUUAGAUAUCCGAUGUUGUACUGUUCUUUAUACUGGUAGGAACCUCCUGGUUACACCAACCCACAGGGGAUUAUUGUGUCCGUCCGUCCUGCAUCCAAAAAUGGGAGGGGUGGGGCUGGGUGGAGAGGAGAGGGUGGGGAGGGGCUGGGUCCGGAGGGUGGGGAGGGGCUGGGGCUGGGUGGUGAGGGGCUGGUCACCCCGUGGUGCCCUUAUAAAACUUAACGUUUAACUUCCUCAUGCCGGCUUGUGCCCGCCCUCAGUCGGCCAUAUUUGCGGAAUACACCACGCCGCCGUUGACCCUGGCCAUUGACCGAGCAACCCAGCUUUCCUAUCAGCUCCCUCCGCAGGAAUGUUUUUUGUCUUCAGAUUCAUAUAACCAAAACAUUGUCUGAUAUAUUGUCCACCUGGAAAUGUAUGCAUGCCUAGUUAUAAACUAUUUAGGCCAUUGUCGGCUUUCCAGACCUUAGGACCACAGAUUACAGAAAUAUACCUUUUCACAAAAAAAAAAACCUGUCUGGUCUUGUAAAGUUGAUUAGUUCUUUUUCAUAUUGCAUGGUAAGAGUAAGUUAAAUCGGGAGUGGAAUGGUGGCCCAGUGGUUAGUGUGAAACGCAUUGAAACUGGCUACCUUAAUUAGAUUUCAUCAGCGGCAAUAUCAACCGUUUCUGGGCCACUCGUUUACAAACCAACACAGACCAGCAUGAAAUAUGGUCAACCAACCACCGCCACCAUGACAAGAGAUCAGAAACAUGAGGUUCCGAAACCACAUGCGGCUCUUUAAGGACCAUCUCAUGCAUAUGCAUUGUAACUCCUGAAAAAAUAUUGCUUAUUUUGGUUGCCGACCCCUGCCCAUGACUCUCCCAUCAGGGGGAGGGUUUCGUCCAACAGUGGAUUGAAAAAGGACUCUCUACAUGGUUAUUUUAAAGUGAUGUAAAAUAUUUUGAAUACCCUCCACGAUUCAUAAUUAUAAUGUUGCUAAGUUUUUGAGUACUUCAGUAAUGGAGAAUCCAGUUUUCAAAAAUACCAUGGACCAUUAGUUUUGUGGAAGACCAGAUAGGUUAUAUUCAGUUUUGCUUGACGCAUUUGACGUGUUAUGCAUGUUUUAACAUAGUUUACCCCUUCCCCAAUAAAAAAAAGUGUUAAAUUAA